AUGUUCACCUCAAGUAUUCGAGAGACAGCUAAUACUGAAAUCGAGCAGCAAGUAACUCUUGAACAGCUUCAGAAGAUACACGCAGCUUUUCAGGAAUUUGAAAUUAAUAGAUAUAAAUCUUUGGAUGUGGAAAACUUCAAGCACAUAUUCAAGAAAUGCAUGGGAUCACAGAAUGUAAAUGAUGAACAAUUAGAAGAACUUUUCAUGAAAAUAGACUAUUCUGCAACUGGCAGAAUUAAGUGGCAUGACUUCUGUACCUACAUGCAUCUGGAAUAUGCUGAACAGGACGGAUUCUCCAAUCGUCUGAAAAAGGCUGACUUCUCGCUUCCAGCAGCGAUAAAGGAGAUCCCACAUGGAGAACCUGUGUUGCGCAUUUGCUCACUGUCAGACAGCACACUCAUAACAGCCAGAGAAGAUGGAAAUAUUUCCUUCUGGUCACCAGAGCUCAAGCUAAAACGAAGCAAGAUAGUUUUUGAUAAAAGUCACAGAAAAUCCAAAUGGCUGAUGGAUUUCACUGUCAUGGUUCCAUACAAUAAAUUAAUACUGGCAACUGGGGAUCGUGAACUUCAGCUAUAUGAAAGUUCCAACUUUGAGCCAUACCUUCAGAUUAGUAGUUUGGAGGCAAUACCUUUGAAUGUGGAUUACUGCUACACAGGUCAUGAUGAAUGUAUAAUCCUUUAUGGUGAUGACCAGGGGUGUGUGAAUAUCUUGCUCCUGUUUUCUGUAGGUGAGAUCCUAAGAACUUGGAAGAAGCUGCCCAAAUGGGAAAACCUUCCUAACAUUAGUCUUCAGAAUGCUGCUCUUUCGCCAAAUGUCACUUAUGUCCGUUGGAAAGUUCAUGGAGAUUGGAUUACUCAGCUGAAUUACUACGAUUCUUUUAAAGCAGUGAUUUCUUCUUCAAGCCAUGAACCCACAGCAUUAGUAAUAGGUUGUGUUGUGGGAGCUACCAAUGUGGAGCAACAGAUGAAAGAAAUCAAAGAACAGCAGAAAGAUUCCAAAACCAGGAAAGUGCAGGCGAUUCUAGGAGCCCCUUCCCAUAGAGCUGAAGGAGGCCAGAUUGUUUUUCGAAUCCACAAAGGAGUGAAAACAUUUGCAUUCAGUAAAAAAAACAACCUCAUAGUAACUGGUGGGAUGGAUCGAAUUGUUCGGAUGUGGAAUCCAUAUGUGCCAGGAAGGCCGACUGGCAUGCUCAGAAGCCACAUGGCUCCCAUUGUCUACGUCUGCGUCUCUGAAGAGGAUAAAAUAUUUUCCGUCUCGACAGACAACACAAUUAAGAUAUGGGAUGUUGAAGACCAGACUUGCAUAUUCACAGCAUGUUCAAAAAACAACGGAAUAUAUGGAGAGAUUAGUGCUUGCCAUUACAUUCCAGGCACAAGGACACUCUGUGUGGCUACAGAUAUACUGGCUGUCCUCCAACUAAGAUUACGAUUACCACUUGACCCUUGUUUGGCCAUUUCUCACAAGAAACCAGUAUUGUGUUGUAAGUUCAACAAAGUGUUCCGGCAUGUUGUGAGUGGCUCAGAGGACUCUGUGGUCAAGGUGUGGGAUCUCGAUAGUGGGAAGCUCUUGUUUGAAUUUAGCAAUGCACAUAAUGGUAAUGCAGUCACUUGCCUCACCUUUGAUCCAAGUGGAAGGAGACUAAUUACGGGAGGAAGAGAUGGUUGUCUGAAAAUAUGGAAUUACAACAAUGGACAAUGUUUGAAGAGUUUGAAAAGGGAAGGCAAAUGCAAUGAAAUCUGUGACUGUGCCUAUGUGGAGGCGAAUAGAAGCAACUAUGUCAUAGCUGUUGGAUGGGACCGAAGGAUAAACCUGUUCUAUGAUUCCACAGACAGUCUCCAACACUUUCAGAAGCCUCAACCCCAUUGGCAGGAUGAUCUAAAAAGAGGACACAAGGAAGAUAUUCUGUGUAUUGCAAAGUGCCCACCCACCUUCCUUGCCACCUCCAGUUAUGAUGGGGAAAUCAUUGUUUGGAAUAUGAUGUCAGGUCACAUAUGCCAUAGAUUCUGCACACCAGAGCCUGUUGACACCAAAAAUGGAAGUGUCACUCGAGUAAUCUUCCUAAAGACGCGUGCUGUGAAAUUUGAAUCGGCCUCUGCCUCUCUUGUUUCUAAUGGACCACAAGGUUAUCUUCAUUUCUGGAGUUUGUUUGGUGGAGAUCGACUUGUGGCAAGUUUUUCACCUACUAAAGAGAAAGCUUUGAUCAGCAGCAUUGCUGUGACAGUAGAUGAUUCAUAUCUGUAUACUGCCGAUGAAGAUGGAUAUGUGUAUGUUCAUGACAUUCAAGAUUAUGCUGUUGAGAAUCCAGUAGAGGUAGCACCAAAAUAUGUGAAUCAUUGGAGAGCUCAUGUAAACCUUGUUCUCUCAUUAGAGGUUAUAGACGAAGACAACAUCUUGUUAUCCUGUUCAAUUGAUCGUACUGUUCGCCUGUGGAGCCUGAAUGGAGAAUAUAUUGGAACCUUUGGCCAAGCAGAACCUUGGGAGAUCUUUACACCAUCCUCCUGGAAGCAUCCCAGGGUUCCUUAUGAAAUCCUGAUAGAUCCACAAAGUAUGCCCACCUACCCCAUGUUGGAAGACAUGUCCUCUGACACACAGGUCACAGGCCCAGAUAAAAGAACAAUGAAUGUUUCUUCCCCCAAGGUCUGUAUGUCAAAUAUAAAUCUGCUAAAGUUGUGA